UGUGGUUGGCGAGGCCGGGAGCGCGCGCAACGUCCGGGGCAGUCAUGUUUCCAGUGUUUCCGGAUCAGCGGAUGGAGGCGGACGGUACUUACGAGCAGGGCUUCGUGGGGAUCCGGUUCUGUCAGGAAUGCAACAACAUGUUGUAUCCUAAAGAAGACAAAGAGAAUCGGAUUCUCCUCUAUGCAUGUCGAAACUGUGACUACCAGCAAGAGGCGGAUAACAGCUGUAUAUAUGUGAAUAAGAUUACACAUGAAGUAGAUGAACUGACUCAGAUCAUUGCAGAUGUGUCUCAAGACCCCACGCUGCCUCGGACAGAGGAUCAUCCCUGUGUAAAGUGUGGGCACAAAGAAGCGGUGUUCUUCCAGUCUCAUAGUGCGCGAGCUGAGGAUGCCAUGAGGCUGUAUUAUGUUUGUACUGCACCUCACUGCGGUCAUCGCUGGACAGAGUGAUUUGUUGUUUUUUCUGGAAGUUCAUAGUGGUUUUUUUUUUUUUUUAGCUUUCUAUUUUUAAAUAAAAUAAAAUUUUUACUUAA